AUGCUGUUAAAAACAUCGCGAAUCGUCUUCUUCCUCAGACACUUAGACAUUUCGAACUCGCGCCUCUCCUUCGCCGCCUCUCCUUCGCCGCCGCCACUGCCGGUCACCGUUCCCAGAUUCGUGGCUGAGCUUCCACCGACACCGCCGCAUCACCGCGCCGUCGUCCUUCACCGACACCGCCGCAUCACCGCGCCGGUCAUUUGCCGACAUCAAGUGGUCGUAGCGGUAGUGGAGUACGAUCCCGAGGACGUGGGAUCGGAUCAUCUAGAUCACCAUCUGUCCAUCGGGAUCAGAUUUGAUCGUAAUAACGAGGUGAUUGCAUCUGUCGUCAGCAUCUUUCAGUCGGACUUCAAAGGUCUGUGGCGGAGUCUCAUCCAUGUCCCUCCAUUUGAUAUGCAGCGUUGGUUUGGGGCUUUCGCGAGAGACACAACGGUUGAGGACUACUACAGAGAAUUUGAGCAGCUGAUUGCGUACUUAAGAAUCGACGACGAUGAAGAAGAACUCAUGAUGCAUUUCCUAGGAGGCUUACAAAAACGAAUCGCUAGAAAGGUGUUCCAAACUCAGGAGGAGAACGUUUGCAUGGAGAAAAAGACAGAAAACACGAGCAUCCUCCCAGCGCAAAGGUCGCAUAAAAUGCCUAGUCCUAACCACGGACUCAUGGAUAUAAAUAGGGAUAAACCUUUUGAACGGAAAAAGGUCCGCUACGACAACCAGGGCCUCACAAAGGAUAAACCCUUCGAAUGGGGAAACGCUCGAAAGAAAGUGCUUGGAAUUUUCGAAGCACACCAAGACCAAGGCAAAACAACGCAGAAGGAAGGUGAAGAACCUAUUGCGUUGCGAUUGCUGCAGGAGACUCACCGUCGAGCUGACGGUACUUAUAUCAGCGAUCGCGUUCAGGAAAUCGAGGAUGCGAUUCAACCAAAGAUCACCGAUCGUCUCUCCCAGUUAGAGGAGAGUUGUGGAUCGACCCAACUUUUACCAGCAGAAAUCAACAGUCUCUAUCUGGAGGUUGUCCAACCGGAUGCCAAAGGACGUAUAUACGGCGUCGGUGCAAUGGCGACUCAGUUGGGUGAUGGUCAUCCGGAUGCAACAUCGAUCGGUCACCACAUCUCACUCACUAAGGAGGUCGAGCUGUUGAAGAAAAAGAUUCAAGAGUUCGAGGACGAUCGCAGGAAGAUUGCCAGACUUAAGGAAGCUGAGGCACGGAUUGCGCGUUAA